AUGUCCUCCUCUCCCAGCUUUUCGUAUACUGUAGAGGAUAUCUACCGAAAAUUCUCCCAACCAAUGUUGGAUGAGCAAUCUACAGUAAUCAAAGAAUACGAUUAUGACAUCCCGGAAGACAUGGAAGUCAGCGAAUUUGUGAAUAAAAUGAUGGAUGAAAGGGAGGCAAUGAUGAAGCCAAUUGAUGAGGCAUGGAGAAAACGAGAAGGAAUUCCCAAAUGCGACGACGACGAACAAAUUGGCGAUGGAUUUCCAAAAUGGCUAUUUUUAAUCAACAAACGAGAAAUCGAAAUCAAGGAUAAUUGCCAGGAGAUUCGAGAAAUUGUUUAUGGCACAAAUGAACAAGCAAUGUUUGAUAUGGUGCCAGUGAUGGAGCGGCGAAGAAGAAUUUCAAUGAGAUUGGAGAAAUUCAACAAAAUCCAAGCUGAAAAGGAGAAUGUUCCUGAAACUUCUGAAAAGCAGAAUUCUGGAAAUCGCAAUCUGAAAACCGAAAAAAUCGAAAAUCCAGGAGAAAAGCGAGUCAGAAAACCGAAGGAAUGCAUGUGUGGAUGUCAGGAUUCGCAUUGA